GCACCACCUACAUUUUGCGUUGUAGCUGUCCCCGGCUGAGGAUGUGGAGAGACUUACUGCUGUGAAGGCGCCGUCCAAGGGCAAUAAUGAACAGACUCUCUGAGUUUUCAGAAAACAGUUUUGUGAUUUGGAUGUGAAAAACGUCUCUGAAAUCUCAUGACGUGGCCUCCAGCAACACCUGCUUGUCAUAACAGGUGACUGACAGGAUAGGUCAGGUUGAUGCAUGUCAUCGUAUCCCAACAACGUAGAUCGAUCACCAUGAUGUCACGAUUCGAUUACUAGUAUUUACAGACUGUCGUGAUUAUUGCCAAGUGCGGCGUUAAACAACAAACAAACAAAUAAACCAUGUACUCAUAUUGCUUGUGUCCUGAACUUUCAAGGUCGCCAGCUACGUGAAGAUCCCACAACAGCCAUCUGGAGGAAUACCCGCAUGGAUGAAUGUCACCAAGGUUUUGUCCGCCAGGCAAUGCAUGUAUCCACUGAAGAACUUCAUGGAAUAUGAUCGGACAAAUAAACGGAGUUCGAAUACACCCAAACACCCAAAGUACAAAACAUACAGCUCCCGAGUUGAGUCAUUUGUUGCCUGGCCUAUACGGUAUGUCCCGAAAACACCCGAGCAGCUGGCAUCAGCCGGGUUCUUUUACAUCGGGUCAGCUGACCGGGUCACGUGUUUCCAGUGCGGGAUAACUCUGAGAGACUGGGAGGAAGAACAUGACCCUGUGGCAGAGCAUCAGAGAUACUCGGAACACUGUCAGUUCAUCAACAAAGUCACUGUAGAUCAGCUUGGGGUUGUCAAAAGAAGAAACGGUUCUCUCGUAAAUACAUCCGCGUCUUGCACUAAGGCCGUGGGAGAUGCCAUGGUCACCUCUGAAACAGAUAGAGAGGAGAUUAACCAAGUAUCAGUCUCAACACCGAAACCAGAUGGUGGAGAAAUCCAAGAAGCCAACAAUGACCUUCACCUUGGUGGAGGAGCAUGCGCACCUCCGCAGGGCAUGGAUGUUCCAAGCGAGGCUCGUGAGGACGAUCAAAAUGCAAGACCGUUCUCCUCUCUUUGUGAGCGAUUAGGGGCUCUAACAGUACAGCAAUGUAAAGAUGGCGGUCUCUCAGAAGGUGAUCCUGUUCCAGCAACCAUUUCUAGUGCAAGAAAACAGGAGGCUCAAGGCUCAAAGGUUCCCACCACAUCUCAAGACGGGAAAGAAGAACCAACGGUUGCUAAGUCUCCAAAGAAUAACCUGAUAUCCAUAAAAGCUGAAAACAGGCGUUUGAAGGAGCAGUCUACUUGCAGAAAGUGCAGAAUAAAGGCCGUGUCAACCCUCUUCCUGCCCUGUGGUCAUCUCGUCACGUGCUCCGACUGCGCAGAAGAAGUUGACGCAUGCGUGGUGUGUGGUACCACUAUUCUCGGGACAGUAAAAACAUUUCUAAUUUGAUGUGUUUCAAACAUCCGUUACUAAAUGAAAAUAGAGGAAUCGGUUGAGACAUAUAAUCGAGAAUCGUUAUCCCAUGGCUGUGACGCUUUGUAAUGCAUGUUUACAAAAGAUCUGUGAAGAUGUCUGUUCGACGUUUACAAGUUUUUAUUCUCAGUUUUAUACAGAAAGAUAUUCUCUAGGUGCUGUUUAUACGUAAAACAAUUAUUGGCUCUCGCAGAAUAUGGUAAUAUAUACACUGGAUCGGGAAGGAUAUGGAAAUAUAUAAUAUGUACAUAUUGGCACAUUUCAUCUGUUAGCAUUUCAUGACAUUUUUUGUCUGAAGAAUAGUUUUAUCUAUUUGUAUUGCGCAUAUAUAUCAAAAGUACAGUUGAAAUGCACCCAGUGAAGCAUAUUCCCGAUAGGCUUUUACACAGAUAUAACUAUCUGAGAAAAUCAAAAGUCGUUUCGUGAAUGCAAUAUGUUGUUGUCUGUGAUACCUACAUGUAUUUAUUGGUUAUUGGGUAGCCUCCUAUUUUCUAUUACGGCAAGUUAUAAUGCACUUGUUUGUAUUGUGUAUUUGGUGUGUUUUUCUCCAGGUGGGCAUUAUUUAGCAAAUCUACAGACUUCGGAUACCUAUUUAUACAGUGAGCCUAGCACCGAUUUUUAUGAAGGCUUUUUUGUGAAAAGCGGAUUAAUCACGCUCUCAAUGAAUAGUUCUUUCAAGUGUACUUUAGUAAAGUGUAUUGCUGUUUAAGUGACUUUGUGGUUGCAGUUGAAAUUGUAAUGAUCCUACAUUAUGUAGUUACCUUGGGUACGUAUUGAAAUGGUGAUGCUAUAUGAUAGAUGUACAUAUUUUUUUACUUGAUAUCUAUUUUGAACCUUUUCAGUCUUAUACAAUGAAACUUCGUUAAUUCAAACUUCAAGACUUGAUUUAUUGCUUAAGAUGAAAAACAAAUAAAAUAUAUGUUCUUCAGGUAUCGAUAAUAUGUCAUUGAUCUUUAAUAGAUAUUCGGGUAACUGGAUGAUUUUAGUGAUCGAAAGAAGUUCGAGUUCACGAGGUUUUGCUGUACACAUAUCUUGCCUGAAAUAAAUGCAUUUUAAUGUGA